GCUAUCAUUAUAUUCUCAACUCUCGCCUAUUAUGCCGAGAAGGAUGUGCCGGAAACCUUGUUUACAUCUAUUCCCAGCACCUUCUGGUGGGCCUGUAUUACGAUGACUACAGUGGGCUAUGGAGAUAUAUUUCCCGUGACUAUGUUUGGCAAAGCCGUGGCCAUAGCGUGCUGUAUGUCCGGUAUAGUGGUGAUAGCCCUUCCCAUACCUAUAAUGGUCACCAAAUUCACCGAAUUGUAUAAAAAACAAUUGAGACGUGAGAGGGCUAUACAGCACAGGGAAGUAGUGAACAGUGGAAAGAUACAGAAAAGUUAUGAUUCCCUGGAACUGGAGGUCACACCCAUCUCACUGGCACAUGAAUCUCAGCCACCUGUAUCCCAACAAGAGUUACACUUUAAUGCUACCGGUGCUGAUAACUCACAUACCGAUCCAACACAAACUGAUGAUAAAACUGGAGACCAAAAAGUGAUACUAAACAUAGGAGGGGUCAGACAUGUGGUGAUGCGGCGAAGUCUGAAGCGCCUACCGCUCACCCGAUUAGGUCGGCUCCGGGAGUCUAAAGCUGUGGUCAGCGAACUGUGCGAUGACUACAACCCAAUCGAUAAUGAGUACUAUUUCGAUAGGAAUAACACCACAUUGGAGCCCAUACUAGCCCUUUACAGCACCGGUAACCUACACCUGACCGAAGGUAUCUGUGCCCUAGGGUUCAGCAAAGAGCUGGAAUACUGGGGCAUUGAUGAGAGCCUGAUAUCCCGGUGCUGUCAGCACCGGUACCACCAAAGAAAGCGACAACUAUUGGAUGACAUACGCGAAGACGAAGAAUUUGAAACUAAACACACAGUCGACAGCACCGGACCCUCGAGCACCGGUAGUCUGUCCUAUCAACAACGGUUAUGGCGAGUGCUGGACAAGCCAUACAGCUCUCCCAUCGCCCGGAUAUUAUUUGUCGUAUCCAUACUAUUCACGAUUGUGUCCACAGUUGUAGUCAUCAUGAGCUCAAUGGAGAUGCUCUGGGAAACGGAUCCAAUUAUAAAAUAA